GGAUUAAUUAAUCUUGGGCAACAGGAGGCUGCACCAAGUGUAUUAAACUGGCAAGAUUAUGAAGGACGUACUGCGUUACAUUUCGCUGUUGCCGAUGGCAAUGUUAAUGCAGUUGAGUUCCUGCUUCAGUUCAAAGAAGAGAAUUGUGAAGUCGAUCGGCUGGAUAACACCUAUCGUACACCAUUACACUGGGCGGCUCAACUUGGCAACACACAAAUCGUUAAACUGUUGUUCGCUGCUGGGGCAAAACAUUCAAUGUCUGAUUGUAACGGUGCAACACCUUUGCUUUAUGCUGCAUUGAACAAUAAUUCGGAGGUUAUGCUUAAAAUGGUUGAACGAGAUGCAAGUGUCCUUGAACAAGCCGACAUCGAAGGUAGAAAUGCUCUUAUGUGGGCUGCGGGGAAAGGAGCUAAUAAUGCUAUACGUACAUUGCUUGCUAUGGACAACCCUCAAUGUAGUGUAGAUCCCAACCGAGCUGACAAUAAAGGAAAUACAGCUUUACAUGUUGCAUCAUGGAACGGUCACGCCACCUCCGUUGAUUUAUUGUUGGCGUACAAUGCUCGUCAUGAUCUACAAAACAAUAUGAACCAUACACCAAUAUUUGGGGCUUGUGAAAAAGGCCACUUGAAUGUAGUGAAGCAUUUAUUGGAUCAUAAUGCUAGUAUUGUAAUGAGGGAUCUAGAAGAAAGAUCUGCAUUACAUUGGGCGGCAUUGGGUGGGCACGCGGAGGUUUGUGAACUUCUUAUAAAGAAAGGCCUUCACCCCGAUACCAGAGACGCAUACCAACGCUCCCCCCUACACUGCGCAGCAUUUGGUGGAUUCAUCAACUGUAUGAACCUCUUGCUCGAAAAUCGAGCCAACGUAGAUUUACAAGAUCAGGAGGGUUUGUCGGCACUACACUGGGCAGCGCAGUCCGGACAUCUUGACGCAACAAAGUUAUUGUUUCAAUGUUCUGCCUUUCCUAAUUUAAUGGAGUUUACAACUGAGCGUUUAACACCGUUGGAUCAUGCCUUGUUUAAUCAACGCGAUGAGGUUGCGCAAUAUCUUAUUGAACAGGGUGCAUUAUCAUCCGAAACAAUAAGGGAUAUAGCAGCCGCGAGAAUUCAAGCAUGUUACCGUGGUUACCGGGUUCGAAAAGCUUUUCUAUCGAGCAAAAAUCUUUUAAUGAAACAUGAAAUGUUAAGAAAUAAAUUUCGAAAAGAUAGGUCAAAGUUAAAAGAACAAGCUGGCAACACUGAAAAUGGCAACACUGAUAACCGCAACACUGGCGUUUGUAACGAACCAACCCCAGAAAUUAUUUAUAAAGAUUUUUCUGACGAACUUUCGACGAAAUCGGAAGAAGUUUGCAAUGAAAGUAACAUGAUGUUAAUUCAUUCAAACCAACCCACAAUACAUUAUAAUGGGGAAAAUGAAAUGAAAGAUUCAACUGAAAGUUUGGUCGGCGGCGAAAAUUAUGAAGAUCAAUUUGUUUCGCUAAACAUUUCAUUUUCGUGUUCCAAAAAGUCAAAGGUUGCCAAGCCGUGCGACUCCCCGAAGGCGUGCGACUCCCCCAAGCUGUGCGACUCGCCUAAGCCGUACGACUCCUCGAAGCCGUGCGACUCCCCCAAGCCGUGCCACUCCCCCAAGCCGUGCCACUCCCCCAAGCUGUGCCACUCCCCCAAGCCGUGCCACUCCCCCAAGCCGUGCGACUCCCCGAAGCCGCGCCACUCCCCCAAGCCGUGCGACUUCCCCAAGCCGUGCCACUCCCCCAAGCCGUGCCACUCCCCCAAGCCGUGCCACUCCCCCAAGCCGUGCGACUCCCCCAAGCCAUGCGACUCCCCGAAGCCGUGCCACUCCCCCAAGCCGUGCGACUUCCCCAAGCCGUGCGACUUCCCCAAGCCGUGCCACUCCCCCAAGCCGUGUCAUUCCGACUCUAAAUCGGUCUGUGAAAUGCAAGUUGAUCUUAAAAAGAAAAAACAAAAAAGCAGCAAAAGUAAAUCAGAAGUGAGGUCCAUAGAUUUAAUAAAAGAACCCAACACUGGUUUGCUGGUGCCAGCAUUAAGUGGCUUGUUGCUGUCGGAGUACAUUGAGUCGUUGAUGAAUUUGUCCAACGGGGAGCGAAAAGUUUUGAAAAGUUUGCAACAAACAAGGAAAGUUGCGUUUGAGGGGGCAACUAGGGCGGCGAUUGUCAUUCAAAGAACAUUCAGGAGAUUUCUGAGGAAAAAAUACCCAAAGCGAAAACAUAAAAAACGAUCACAACAAAUUACAUCACAAUCAAAAGAAAGUACCAAAUUUUGCAAUGAUCAUGUGACCAGUCAUGGUUCAAAGAGCAAUGAUCAUGUGACCAGUCAUGGUUCAAAGAGCAUUGAUCAUGUGACCAGUCAUGGUUCAAAGAGCAUUGAUCAUGUGGCCAGCCAUGGUUCAAGGAGCAUUGAUCAUGUGACCAGUCAUGGUUCAAAGAGCAAUGAUCAUGUGACCAAUCAUGGUACAAAGAGUUCACGAAAGUACAAAAAGUGUCGUCCCAAAACAGUCCAUAGAGAUCAUAGAAAACAUAGAUUGCUACUGACACCAAGUGUUGACGCAUCAUGUGACAGAUUAGAAGAGCUUUGUAAAAUAUAUGGGCAAACUUUGGUUCUUCAAGAUUUGUAUUCAAACGAGCGUCAAUUGCCACCAAAGCAUCGGUUUCGAACCGUUACAGCUCCCUCAAUAAAACCACAUCGUCACGAUAAUGUCUUUGAUCGGUUUCCUAGUUUAGAAGAACCAGUAACAGCGGUUCAGUCGCUGCAAGAAAGACCAAGGAAACCCAGAAAUUCAACAGUAUCUCGACAAAGUUUUCGUAAUAGAAACAACAUAUCGCCAAUUCAAUGGGAGAGAUUAUAUAGUGGACAAUCACAACCAUCCAUAUUUAACCCAAACAGUCGACCAACGCCAACUAAGUUUUCAUACAAUUUAACGCGUUCUAAAUAUUAAGUUUUCUACCUCCUUACCCCACUGUGCUUUUAUUUUAAUUGACAAAACUCAAUGAGUGCUUAAAGUACAACUGUGUCUUUUAUAUUAUUGUAGAUUUAGCUUAAAAUAUUCCCAUAUAUGCUUUAUUGUAUUUAUAUUAUUAGUUUGUUGCUUGUUUAUGCUCCCCAAUGUUGAACCAAUUGUGAACUAU